CACAGGCUUCUGUAUUUGACAUUGCCCAACAUGCCGAGUGGACUCUCUGACGAGGCACGCUAUGUCUACAUGGCAUCGUUAAUUGACUUCAAUGCCACUGCCAUGGUUAGGUCUGCUGGUGCCUUGAUAAACUAUCUUAGUCAAUGCAAGCUUGACUGCCUCCAAAGCUCACAGGACAGCAAUCUGAUUCGAGGCAUUGUGACAUGCAGCUUGAAGGAUCGCAUUCGCAUCAGCCAAAUGACUCUAGGCUGCCUGCAGAUCUUCAAGGAAGAGUGGCACCCUUCUGUCUACAAAUUCGGCAUUGCUGGCAAGGAGGGGCUCUCCUUGUUUGGUCAGUUCAAUCGCUGCAGGUCGAAGGUAGGAUCAAGGGAGCUGAGAAAGCUUUUCUGCCGACCCACGCGAGAUCUAAGUGUCCUCCAGUCACGGCAGGCCACUGUCGCCUUUUUCAACAUUCCAAACAACCAGCCCGUUGUCAACAGCUUGCGAGAAUGCUUGGGAAACGUCAGAGAUGUGUCGGGGAUUCUCAUGCGGAUGAGCAAAGCUGCUGCCACCGUGAACGAAUGGAAGACGUUCUACAAGACCUUUGUAAAUGUGGUUUCCAUAAUCGGCAUUUGCCACUCCAGCAUUUCGCCGGAGUGCAACAUCGACAUCCUCGUGAAGCUUGACUUUGAGGAAUCGCAGGCGACAGAAAGGUUUGUCGUCAACAGGGGCAUUGACAGCACGCUUGACGAAAAGAAGCGUGUUUACAAUGGUCUUCCUGACUUGCUGACCCGCAUUGCUUAUGGAGAGCUGGAGAAAUUGGACCCUGAUAUCACUGAUUGCCAAGUCGUUUACCUGCCUCAGAUUGGCUAUCUGCUCACUAUCGCCGAAGACGCACCAGGAACUGAUGAGCCAAGUCUCCAAUUCAUGUUCUCCUGUGACAACAAAAGUUAUUUUAAGACGGGAACUAUGAAGAGUGAAGAUUGUUUCUUGUGUGCGUGACCUAUAGUGUUGGUGAUUUCUUAUUUUGCAGCCCUGGAUAGUCUCUUGGGUGACACUCUGUAUGAGAUAAUUGAUCGGGAAACUGAGAUCAUGCACAAAGUUCAGAACAUGAUCCUCGAAGUGGCAGAGGCAUUCCUGGAAGCUGUCUCAGCCUGUGGUGAACUUGAUGCAUUGCUUUGCCUUGCCCUUGUGGCACGCGAGCAAAAUUAUGUCCGGCCCGUCCUCAACAGUGGAACUGCCAUUGUCAUCAAUAAUGGAAGACAUCCUCUGGUAGAGAGUGCAGGAAGCAGCUUCGUGCCAAAUGCAUUCUUCAGCGGUGGGCCUCACUCCAAGAUCAAAAUCAUCACCGGCCCCAACAACUGUGGGAAAAGCAUCUACCUCAAGCAGGUUGCUUUAAUAGUUUACAUGGCCCACAUCGGAAGCUUCGUGCCAGCCGAGUCUGCACAGAUUGGAGCCGUGGAUGCUAUUCUGACUUGCAUGUACUCAGAGGAGUCGCUGCUGCAUGGGCUUUCAUCCUUUGGGAUGCAGCUCAAUCAGAUGUCCCACAUCUUCCAAGAAAAAAGUGGGAAGUCACUUGUCAUAAUGGAUGAAUUCGGCAAGGGCACGAAAGUGGCCAACGGCAUUGGUCUUGUGGUUGGCACAAUCGAGAGCUUCAUUAGCAACUCAGCUGCUUGUCCCCACACUCUGCUGGCAACUCACUUUCACACGGUGCACGACCACCUCCCAGCCACACCACAUGUCACAUAUCUGACAUUCGAAACCCUCCGUCAUGAAGGUGAACUCGUAUACCUGUAUCAGCUGAAGGAAGGCCGUGCUUCCAGCAGCUAUGCCAGCCUGGUCGGCCAAGCAGCGGGCCUCUCAACAGACAUUGUUGGACGACAGCAGCAGAUCAUGCACGCCUUCAGUUCGAAGAGGAAGCUGCAGCCGCAGCCAAUGACUCGGAAGGAGCCCGUGUGGAACAAGGCAUUGCCUCUGGUGCAGAUGCUCCUGGAGGCCGACCUCUCCACUCAGGAGGGAGCCGAAGAACUCCUCAGGAAUAUGCCUGCAGCCCUCAAGUGACGUGAAGUUCAACGGAACCCGCAUAUACGUUUAGAAACUUGUCUCCGUAGCCUCUGACAGGAUGCAGAGUCUCUUCACGUUUGCUUACAAUAGCAGCUGCGCAAAGUAUUUUUGUUUGUUAUGUAGUUUCGGGACACAUGCUCGUAAGUGCUUUAAGGGUUUCUGAAUUGAAAUACUGGACUGCCUCACCUUCUGUAACAUACUACUUCUGGCAAUAAUCCUUCAAUAAACUAUUGGAAGAA